GCGGUGCACUGGAAAAAUCCAUCCGUCGACCCAAAACAGACCCUAAUAAAUAAAAAGUUAACAGUUAUCCUUAGGGCAAGAAAAAGUCUCCUUUUUUCCAUUUGGCCUUCUCUGUAAGUUGCAACAUCCCAAACUCUGUAAAACCCUAAAGCCCUUCAUAUUCUUCAUUCCUUUCCCCCAUAUAUCAAAAUCAAAAUAUAUAGCUUUUGUGGGUUCUCAUGGCCAGCAGAAAACUCGCCAGAGAUCUUUUCCUGUCCAAACAUCUUCUUUUUCGUCAUCAAUUAUUAAUGUCUCAACAGGUUUCGAGUAGACGUACGAGGCUACCGGCGGUGCCUCCAAAUGGAUAUUCGUUUAGACGCGAGUUCGGUGUGCUUAAUGAGUUCUCCAAGAAGAUUAAGGGGGAGGUUGAAAGGAAUCAGGAUUUUCAACAAUCCAUUAAGGAAAUUAAAGAGAAAGCUGAAGGAUUGAAAGGGGUGAAAGAGGAUCUGAAAGUUAGAACGAAGCAGACUACCGAGCAGCUCUACAAGCAUGUAGAUGGUGUCUGGACGGAGGCUGAAGCAAAGGCCAAAAAGGUUUAUGCUGAUGUGGAAGAAAAGAUUUCUGCUGCUAAAGAAGAGGUCAAAGAGAGUUUUGGUGUUGGAAAGCAAGAGCCAACAGGACAAAAUGGAACUUCAGCUAGUCACAGCACAAAUGGAAAAGCUGGAAGCAAGACUGCUUCUGGUGAAGAAAAGCAACAGGGGCAGCAACAAUCUGAAUCUAGUGAUAAUGCCCAAAGAUUGUUCAGCAAGGUCAAGUUUGGUGCUUCUUCCAUCUCUCCAAAGGUUUCAUUAGCAUUCCACAAAUUAAAAGAAGCAAAACCAGUUGACUUGGUGAAGAAGGGUAUUGACAUUGUGAAGGAAGAAUUGAAAGGGAAUCCAAAUAGGAGAAAGCACCUUGAGUAUGAUGCUUCUUCUGCUGCUACCUCACCAAAUACUGAAAGAAGUAGCCGGACUGAUAUUGUUGUGUUACCUUCAAAGCAGUCUCCAUGGAGUAAGAAAUGGGAGGCGUUCAAGAAUAAGAUGCGAGGGCAUCCUGUAUUCAAGCGUGUUAGUGGGUUUAGUGAGCCUGUGAUUGGAAAGAGCCAGGAGAUUGCUGAAGAUAUGCGGGAGAGAUGGGAGACUAGUGAUCAUCCUGUUGUUCACAAAAUCCAGGAUAUCAGUGAAACUGUUCUUGGAGAAUCAGAUGCUGCCAUGUCAUUCAAAGAGAUUCGGCGCAGAGAUCCGACUUUCUCUUUACCAGAAUUUGUGGCUGAGGUUCAAGAAGUGGUUAAACCGGUUCUCAAUGCUUAUUUCAAAGGGGAUAUUGAAGUAUUAAAAAAGUACUGUAGCUCUCAUGUAAUGGAGCGGUGUAAAGCAGAGCAUAAGGCUUUUGAAAGCCAGGGCAUCUUUUUCGAUAACAAGAUUUUACAUAUAUCAGAAGUUGAAGUUCGAGAGACCAAAAUGAUGGGAGACACUCCUAUAAUUAUUAUUGCAUUCCAGACGCAGCAGGUCUACUGUGUUCGUGAUAGACUUGGCUCAAUAACAGAAGGUGGCCAGGAUACGAUCCACACUGUAUAUUAUGCUUGGGCUAUGCAGCAGUUGGAUCCAGAAGAAGUGGGAGAAGGUGCUCCUUAUUCCAUAUGGAAGCUAAGAGAAAUGCAGCAACUGGGUGUCCGGGCCCUCAUUUGAUUUUGGCCAAUGUUCAACUAUUAUCUUGCAAUAUGAAUGAGGAUUUUGUUGUUGAAUCUUGUGUAGCUUAGGAGUUAGAAAAUGGAGGCCCUGAUGCUGACAACUGAGAUAAAGAAAGCACUGAGCUAGAAGUUUACAUAGAAAUUGACCAUUUUUUGGUAGCUUCAGUUUUGGCUUGAAGCAAAAAGGGUAAUGAAUAAGCAUGGGGUAUCUUUCUUAAGACA